GGUGGUGCAGCGCUAGGGGGGCGGGGCGUCCGGCAGCCGCCGCCGCCAGUGCUGCCGCGCCAUGGGGCUCAGCUCCAGCUCGGAGCUGCCGGCCGGGGGCAGCGAGGGCUUCCACGUGCACGGGGUUCAAGAGAACUCUCCAGCUCAGCAGGCCGGGUUGGAGCCUUUCUUUGAUUUUAUCAUCGCAAUAGGACACACCAGACUAAAUAAAGAAAACAACAUGUUGAAAGACCUGCUGAAAGCGAAUGUUGAGAAGGCCGUGAAGCUGGAGGUCUAUAAUACAAAAAUGAUGAGAGUGCGUGAGGUGGAGGUGAUCCCCAGCAACAUGUGGGGAGGGCAAGGGCUUCUCGGAGCCAGCGUGAGGUUCUGCAGUUUCCAAGGAGCCAAUGAGCAUGUGUGGCAUGUUCUGGAUGUAGAGCCAGCUUCUCCUGCAGCUCUGGCUGGCCUGCUACCCCACACGGACUACAUUGUUGGAUCAGAUCAGAUUUUGCAGGAGUCAGAGGAUUUUUUCUCCCUAAUUGAUUCCCAUGAAGGGAAGCCACUGAAGCUGAUGGUCUACAAUACUGAAACAGAUUCCUGUCGAGAGGUAGUUGUAACACCUAAUGGAGCCUGGGGUGGAGAAGGAAGUUUAGGAUGUGGCAUUGGAUAUGGCUAUCUGCACAGAAUUCCAACGCAACCUGCUCUGCCAAAGAAAAAGCAAGAAAGCACACCACCUUCACCCUUGCCCUCAGAAGAUGGAGCUCAUGUACCAUCUGUACCCUCCACCAAUGGCUACAUGGAGGCUCCGCUGUUAGCACCUAACACAGAAAAUGACAACUUUGAAAAUAUUAUGAACUUGGAGCCAUCUACAGAUGAAGAAAUGAGUGGUUUUUCAAGGGAAAGCUCCCUUUCUCCUCCUCCUCCUGUCCAAAGAGUUAUGGAUCCAGGCUUUCUAGAUAUGUCUGGAAUUUCAUUUCCUGAACUUACGGACUUAACAAAAAUGCCAAAUACAUCUCCAUCUAUUCCCUUCAACUUGUCGACAGAAGACUCUUUGUCAGAAAAUGAAAGGCUAAUGAAUAGUGGAACGGCUGCUUAUUUUGAACAUGUCAAAAUGUCAGUCCCCGAAGAAUUAGCCACCACUUUUGAUGGUGCAGUUCCACAGUCUGAGAUGGACCAUUUGAUGCCUUCAGUUUCCCCAUUACCAUCCUUUGUUCUUCCUAAUGACAUUACUUCAACAGCAACACUAAGAACAAAUUCCAGUGCUCAAGAAACAGAAUUACUCUUGGACAGUGUUGACAGCCCAUCAGCCACUAACCUGCUGGACCCUGAGAGCAACGAACAGGCACAGGAACCCAAAGAAGCAGUGACACAAGAUGAGCAUUAGAAAGGAUGCCUCCUUCUGCCAUAUGCUGUCCUACUACAACUCAAACGUUUGCUGUUUUAUCUCUUGAUAACUGCAGCUGUUCUAUUUUGUUAGACUAAGCGGUGCUGUAAAAAUAUACUGGGAAAGCAUACAGCCCCCUUUCCCCCCCAGACAGUACUUGUCCUAUUGUUCUUGCUUCUCAGCAGUAUGCAAUACAUUGAACUUCAUUUAACUAUUAUUCAAAUACAAAUCAGAAAAUGGAAUAAUCUGGCAGUGAUAGGAAGGCUUGCAUUUUUCCACUGUCAGUACGUAUAAUGAGGUUUAUGUUUGCUUUUAAUUUGUUAUUUCUAAUAAGUAAAGUACUGUAGUUGCCUUUGCUUGAAACAGCUUUUAAUUACCACUUUUCCUAGUAUCUUUUAUAGCAUUGGAGAAAAUGCUUCUCAAUAUUUUGACUUGCUGAAAAAUAACUUUUACAAUUCAGGCCUGUUCCUUCCAAAAGCACCUUUCCUAUUUUUAGACUAACACUACAGAUUUUUUUUUAUCUAUGGUUUGUGUGAUGAAAAAUUUAAAACAAUUUUAUUUAGCUUGUUUGGGAACUGGAGGAAAGUUCCUUGCACCUUCCUCUUGGGGAUGUGUAGGGAUGGACUUCCUGGCUGUCACAACAUUGUUUUCACAGGAAAUGAAGGGAAUGGCUUAAGUUAAAACUGUAAGCAGUUGUGAUCUGGCAUUCAUUUCACUGUGAGACAUGGUGCUGUCUUGCAAAAACCAUUGUAAUGAAGUUGCAAAGGGAAUGUCGUGGUGCAUGUUGGACAUUGAAUUUGAUUUCAGCUUGAUAAAUUAAAAGCGGUAGCUCUAAGGUGCAUAUGGAGUUGAUUAUGGGAUCAUUUUUAAAUAGAAAAUUGAUAUUCUAAUAGACUUUGAAGCAGUGAAUGGAUUUAUAACUUAACUUUUAUUAAUCUCUUCUGUUUUUCCCAGCUCCUAACUAUUUUUGGUACAAAGCAGUAGGGUAAAGACACUGGAAUAAACAUUCUGUGCAACAGUCUGCACUGCUUUUAAGUUGACGACUUAUUGUUUCUAUAAGUCUAUGCCUGUUGUAUCUGUAAAUGUUUGCUUUACACAUGUAACUUGGUUACUAUUCAGCCAGUUUCAUAGCUCAGGCACCAUCCUUCUGGGAAUCUUUAAACAUAAUAGACCCAAUUCUCUUUUUGUAUGGGCAUUGAUCUCAGAUGCCACCACUGUCAUCACUGUUAUAAAGAAAAUUGGGUCUAGUUUUGUACAUGUAAAAUUGAAAAUGCAGCCUACUUGAAGCACUCUGCAUGGCAAGAAACAUGUUUUUUCCAUUCAGGGGUACUGUACUGAGACCCAGCAUUACUUAUCUAUCAAUCUCCAGAGAAGGAUUAGUUUCAUUUGGCAGAUUGAUAUCAACACUUAAGAUGACUGGGGGUCUGCCUGUCUCUGUGCUUCUGGUUGUAGGUGAAGUCAUAAUACAAGGGCUUAACACUCAACUGGUGGAAGUUCUCAUUGCAUAAAGAAUUUCCUGAAGCUUCUUUAAAUUCUUCUAAAAUCUAGGAAGCACAGCACCAGUACAGAGUAUGUGAGGGUGAAAGGAUUUCAGCCACCCUGCUCAUACAGCAAGGUGUAUUGCAAGUACUAAGUAUAAGGCAUUCUGCUUUUGAAAUAUUUUCAAUCUAUCUAUAACUUCAUUAUAUAAUCCUUAAAUUGCUUCUCAGAACAGCAGCAAAAAACUAUUUUUUCUAGAUGUGAAUUUACAUAUGUGAUGCUUAACAUUGAUGAAAUAAAAGUCCUGUAACAUAA